AUGCCUCUCUUCGGACAAACUUCAGACAGGUUCUUAAGUGCACCUGUUGCGCUGGUACGACGACGAGCUGAUACUGUUGUACGACCCCGUGACGAUGUCGACGAAUUCCUUUCCUCCGACCUCGAAAUAUCUUUCGCAUCUACCGUAUCGUUAAAUUCUCCACCCAAGGACCCAAUCGCCCUCACUCCUGAGCACGAAUAUGCUGAGCCAAUGGACAUUUCUCCCGCUCCUCUGCUGAAAUCCAGCAUGCCAAGAGGUCGCCCCCGCGCUUUCACCAGCGGCGCUCGUCUUUUUGGAAACGACAUGAGCAAUUGCUUAAAUUCUGCACCUGUAUUGCAACCGUCGCCAUCUAUCCGGGGAGGUUCCAAUAGCGCGAAGCGUAUACAGCGCUCUGCGCUUCCCACCGAAUGGUUCACAACUCGGACAGAGGUUUCUGAACCUGCCACGCCAGAUGACGAUGCAAUGGACGUUGAUACGUCCUCCUUCCAUCUCGAACCACCACCUCCCGCCUACUCCUUCCCUCAAGCUGUGGCAUCUGCUGCCCCUACAGUGACUACUUUCGCCGACGCCAUUGACAAUCUCUUUUACGAAUCAAUGUCUCCUCGUCGUUGUGUCGAAUCGCCUCCCGCUCACCAGCCAAAGAAGAGACGUUCAUUGUCUCCGAACCCUCCUCGCGUUGUGGAAGCUGACUCGUCACCAUCUCCCGCCCCUCCAGUAUCACCUGUACAACGCAAGUUGGAGCGCAAGGCUAGCGGACCACUCUUGGCAAGCUUUAGCAAGCCUUCCCUUCAAGGCCUCGGGAAUCCUUCGAUCAACGGCUUGAAACGACCCCGCCGACCUGCCCUCUCUGCGAUGGUUCCUCCUUCAGACGCCGCUUUGCACUCAGCCUACCCUGCACCUACAUCUGCGGAUAAUCAAAUGACUGAUGAGCGAUUCCCGCCAACGCGACGCGCCUUCUCGGCCAUGCUUCCGCCCGCUCCUUCCUCGCCCUUGGGCGAAUCCUCAGGAGAUUCUUCUUUUGACCUGAGUGCGGACAUGUCGUCUCCCGCCCAAGCAUACGCAAAACGACAGCAAAUGAAAACUAUUCGACGAUGCGAUGGUACUGACGAUUUUAGACCUUUGACAGGAGCUACAGCAAUGAUUAUGAAUGAAAGCCCCUCCUCUAAGUUCAUGGUCGAUGGAGGUAUGCCUGGUUUUGGUGACAAUGAGACCCAUGGUAAGAUUUUACCUUGCCACCGUGUUGCGGAUGACGGUUUAAUGAGGAUUACUGCUGGAACGAUGGAUCUGUUACUCGACGGGGCUUUUGAUGACAAGAUACGCGACUUCCAUGUCAUCGACUGUCGUUUCGACUACGAGUACGCUGGUGGCCAUGUUCCCGGAGCAGUCAACAUCAACACUACGGCUUCGGUAGAAGACCUGCUUCUAGGUCCCAGCUUAAUGAAGCCCAAACCCUCUGUCAGUGGCGACGGGCAAAAAAAGACUGUAUUGAUAUUCCACUGCGAGUUCAGUGCUAAGCGUGCGCCGACGUUCGCUAAGCAUCUUCGCUCCAAGGACCGCUCCAUGAACAACCACUUCUACCCCAAAAUCCACUAUCCUGAGCUUUACAUUCUUGAGGGAGGAUACUGUUCGUACUACAAGCGCUCUGCUCAUCGCUGUGAACCUUCUGGAUAUGUUCCUAUGGAUGAUCCUCAGUACGCUGCUUCGAGGAAAGGUGACCUAGACCAAUUCCGAAAGAAUAAGUUUGGCCGACACAAAUCUUACGCCUAUGGAGAUGGUGCCAACAAGCUAUCUCUUGCGUCUCAACAAAUCAAACGGAAUAGUGCCCCCACUGUUGGUGGUCCACCCGUCCUCUUUGCCGCCGGCAACGCUGCACGCCAUCGUCGUGGUACCAUUGGUAACGGAAGCCUGUCCACUCUGUCGGAGGAUAGUCAUCACACUACGGAGGGUGACGAAACCGACAUUGAUCUCGGUGACAGUCCUUGUCCAGCUCCGUCCAAGUCUAUCGCACUCAAGGUCAAGAAGGGCAACCGUGCUCCUCUUUCGCGCGCCGAAACUUAUGGACCCACUCGUAUGCCUUUCCUCGGUCGUUAA